GGAAGCUAGUCAGUGCAACGUGCUUGGCUUCCGAUUGACUUCCUGGAGCCUCAAGAGUACGAGGAGAUGGCCGAACAUUUCUGCCCCGUGCCCGCAGCCUCUUUGGCUCAAGUUCUCGGCAGCCUGGCUGACCAAGCGUUCGGUUUGGUAAAGAACCGCGAUCUAGUGCCAUGGCAGCUCUGAUUCUCUGGCCGUUCUUGGUGGCUCUUGCCCAGGCUGGGCCGGCUGUGUACGACGUGACCGCCAGCGCGAGCGAGUCUGUUAACGAGGGCGGUUCGCCUGGACUGAAGCAAGCCAAGCUCAGCGAUACCCGCAGCAUUGCAUGCUACACGGACUACAGCGCAGGCAACGGAUCCGCUCGCGGUAAGUGCAGUUUGAUGGAAAUUGUAGGCGGUUCCAUCGAGAAGUUGGGGGAUGUCGUUUUCGAGGACGCUACCGUCGUCCCACAGUCUAUCUCGGUGGCAGCGUUCAGCGAGAACGAUGUCAUUGUUUGUUUCACUGGCGUCACACAACAUGUGAUCUGCAAUCUAGUGUCCAUCGCUGACACUGAUCUGGCGCUCGAGAACUCCGUCGAGAUCGACAACGAGUCAAUUGGCUCUACCUACGUCGCUGUCGCGAAGAUGGCAUCUACUUCUGGGGUGGUUUGCUACUCAUGCGCUGGGUGUGCCAUUGCGGCGGAGGGCAAGUGCAGCAAGUUGAGCUUAAGCGGGUCCGAUCUGGAUGCUGGCAACCCGGUGAGCUUCACCGACGGACAGACCGCGUCUCAUAUUGCGAUUGAGCCGCUGGAGGCGGAGGAAAUGGCCGUUCUGUGCUACAACGAGGGAGGUUCUGCCCGCUGUGUACUCUUGGACGACACCGGCGCUCCUGUUCCUGGCACGGCCAGCACAUUCUUCGAAUCGGAUGAGGCAGAUUUCGGCUCCAUCACGACCAACACGAUUGGUGACUACGGCAUGGUUUGCUUCACUGACAGCGAGGACAAUGGUAAUUUCGCCGCUUGCAAGACGUACCAGGUAGUAUCAGAGAUGCUGGUCCUCAACGCAAAUUAUACCAUAGUGAGCGAUAGCGAUGCGUCAUCGUUGCAGGUCGCGACCCUCAGUGAUGAGAAUGGAAUCGUUUGCUACGUCGACCUCAACGCAGAGUUGGCAGACGUGAAUGGCCAAGCUGGCCCUGCUACGUGCAAGGUGUUGAGUGUCGACGGCGGUGAGCUCUCGUGUGGGCCUGCGAAUGUGGUCAACGACCAGACCGAGUAUUUCUCGCUUGUUGGUCUUUCCGCGCAGGCCACCUCGAUGUGCUACUCAGACGAUGGAGCUGGGGGCGCUGCUUGUGUGGCUCUCAACAUGGCCGAGACUACCACGACCCAAACCUCGACGGACACUCAUACCAGCACCCGCACAAUGACUUGGAGUGACACGUCUGGUACCAGUCAGACUCUCAGCAGUAGCGGCACCACCGCCACGACGGGUACAUCCACGACCUCCCCGCACACCACCACUGUCACGGAGACGACCACCUCGCCGCACACCACCACCAUUACGAGUGUUACGGAGACCACUGUGAGCACCACCAUUGAGCUUUCGCUGAGCGUCCCCUCUGCUUGCCUGAGCGCUGCGGCCAUGCUGUUCGUGGUGCUGGGCGCCGUGGCGUGAUGACUUGAGCUACGGCUGGCUGGACGGCUGACAAACAGGCCAUGGGCCAUGCUGAAGAGCCGCGCGCUAGGAACCCCUGUCCACAUGUGACAGGCCUUGCCAUCUCAGGCUUCUUUCCUAUUUAUUGUCAUGGCCACACGAGCCAGGGCCGAAGAGCUCGAGACGGAUACUCCAAGAUGAGAGCUGGCGGAAACACAUACACCCAUCGUGUUGUACAAUGUGUUUCACACGUCGGAUGUGGACUUUGCGAUCGCCAGCGCUGUGCGAUCGCCAGCGCCAGCGCCAGUUGUGAUCAUCUGCGUUUCGCAAAUCGC